GGCAGCCCCUGACCCCUCAGGGCCCAGAAGCCGGGGCUGGCAGCCUGAGCCCAGCCAGGGGGCCUUCUAAGCACUCGAGUGGGAGCAGCUGGCCUCGGGGAGGGCUUAAAACCCGGGAGGGCGAGGUCGGUGCGGGCGUGGAGGCGAGGGCAGGAGGCCUGCGCUGCGUUCCGCCGACAUGUGGCCUUUCCCCAGCCGCGCUCUCUUCCCACCCCCCAGUGAGGCUUGGCUGCAGAAGGCUUCCUGGGACCCUGAGGCCCAGGGCUGGGGGGCCUGGAGCACCGCCGAGAAGAGCCCUCUAGGGCCAGGGGGCGGGGACACGAGGGAGGAGGGGCCGGGGGGCGAGGAGGAGGAGGAGGAUGCGGGCUUCCCGCUGUCUCUCUUGGAGAGGGAGGGCCUGGCCCCCGGCCCGGCUCCUGACCAGGUAACGGCCCGUGGAGCCCCACUGGGGGCUGGCCUGGGACCCCCGUCCAUGCGGCCUUCCAGCGUGUGUCCGGGGCAUGUGGGCAUGUGCUGGCAGGAGCUGCAGGCCACCAGGCUGAAGCUGUGGGCCAUGGAGCAGGCCCAGGGCCGGGCGGGGGCAGAGGAGGGCACCAGGGCCGAGGCCGCGCUGACCAGGCAGCUGCUCAGCCCCGAGACAGGCUGCCUCUGCCCCGGGACCCCCACGGAGAAGGUGGAGGCCGACCACAGAUCCGUCUACGUGGGCAAUGUGGACUACGGGGGCACGGCCGAGGAGCUGGAGGCCUACUUCAGCCACUGUGGUGAGGUCCACCGGGUCACCAUCCUGUGCGACAAGUUCUCCGGACGCCCCAAGGGCUAUGCCUACGUAGAGUUCGCCGCGCAGAGCUCCGCCCAGGCCGCUGUGGGGCUGGACAGCAGCAUUUUCCGAGGCCGGGUCAUCAAGGUGCUGCCCAAACGGACCAACUUACCGGGGAUCAGCUCCACAGACCGUGGGGGCCUCCGGGGACACCCAGGCACCAGGGCAGGACCCUUCCCUGGCCGCAGCCUCCACGGGCACGUGGAGGUCUCUCCGUGGCGCUCACCGUACUGGAGGGCGGGCCGACUUUGGGGCUGGGUCAGGAGCAAACCCCGGUGCUCCACGCGGGCCGCUUAUGUGGCAAGGAGCUGCCGGAGCCUCGCGGUGGCCCAGACGCCACGGCGGGAGCCACGAAGCACAAGCCAGAGGGCUGGGCAUGGCGCUGCCCCUGGGGGCUCCAAAGAACCCUGGACCACACCCGGCUCUUCAGGGUCAGCUCGGGCUUGGCCUUCUCAGGGCUGUCCUACCAAAAACUUUUAAAGAAAAAUAGACGUGUCUUAAUGGUAACAUAAAUUAUUAAACUUGAGUAUUUU